GAACGAGUGUGGGAGAAAGAAAGAAUGAGAGAACGAGAGAGCGCUUCAGUUUGCAUGGUUUUCUAGAACCAUGAGUUUAGCAGGCCACCUUGGUCUUAACUUGCCGGCUCUUCUAACUGAUUGAUUGAAUAAGUUUGUUUUGUUUGUGUGAUUGUUUUGUUUAGUUGUUUUUGCUUGUUCCUCUUGCAGUUGGAUUUGCAGUGACUGAGUGAGUGACUUGCCAUCCGAAAUAUCCAAUUUCACAUUGAUUCGAUUUAAUUUACUUGAUUUCAUUUAAUUUACUUGAUUUACUUUAAUUUACUUGAUUUACUUUAAUUUACUUUAAUUUACUUGUGUUUUUUGUUUUGGUUCUGCCUUGUCCUCUAACUCUAUCCUUGUGUGCUCUCAUUGGAGAUUGUGUGCCGUUUACCCAAGGAUGUUCCAACACCAUACGCUCCUUGCUCUGCCUUUUAAUUGCUUGUGUGCACUUCCUGAUAAACCCUUUCCCCUCAUACGAUUGGCUGGUCUCUCUUUCUCUCUCUCGAGUAGCAGCAGUGGGCCAAUGACACCGAUGUGCUCCCCCCAGCCUCAGAUGGGCUCAGUGAGGGUGGACCACCACCGCCCUCUCCCCACUGAUAGCCUCCUCCGACAGAUGUACGACGAUUCUGAAGACGAGGAAGAUGAUGUUGGGUAUGCUGACCCCGUUCAGGACGACCUGUAUGCUCGCAAAGUGGGUGCGUCGCCCAAGUCAACUGUCGACGUGUCAUAUGACAGGUUUCUGCCCAAGUUCUGGACGCCCGAGGAGGACACCCACGUGCAGAAGAUCAAACUGGGGUCCCAGAGGAGACCCUGGUACAAGAAGAUCCAGGGCUUCAGCCGAAAGAAGUCUGGCGGCUCAUCCUCUGACGACUCUGACUGCGAUGUCAGUCACUGGCUCUCCUCAGCCCCUUCCGGCCCCUCCCCCUCCUCUCACCCCCAUGCACCUGAAGGCUCCACCCACACCAGCCUCCCUGCUGCAGGUCAAAGUCCUUACAACACUCAGCCACAACACACUGCCCUCUACCAGCCCCCCAAAAAGCAAGUCACCAACAUCCCAUACUUUGAGCGCUUCCCAGUGGUAUUCCCUAUGAUCGACCCCACCUCAGGCCCCCGGCUGUUCAAAUGCGAGAAGCGUCCCCUUCUGGGGCGUGACAACCCCCUGGAUCCUCCAGAACAGUUGGAUGAGUCCCUGGCGAGCAUCUUCCCUGACCUGGAGAAUGACGACAUGUUCGCCCGACGCACCCAGGCCUUCCACUCCAACCCGGAGCUGGCUGUGCUGAAAACCCGGGUGUGCGUAAACCACUUGUCCGGCCACCUCUACGCCUCGAACCCCCAGCUCAACAUUGUCACCCAGCCGCAGACGCCGGGCAAGGAUAACAAGACCGUCAUCCCCGACAUCGAGCGGGACGACUUCAUCUUCCGGAAGGUCAACCAACCCCAGGGUGGUCGGCGGCAGAGACCACUGUUGGGUGCGGCCGACAGCUACAACCCGAUGACCAUCCCUGAGCCCUGGGCACUGCCUGCCAAGCUCCAGGCGCGGCUGCUCUGCGCCCCCUCACCUUUGACCCAGGAGGUUGAAGCUGAGGGCGGGGAGAACCAUGAGGCAAGAGGAGAUCGUGAUGGGCACCCUAAAACGGACGACAUGUUGCUGAGGAAGUUUGGGGUGGUGCUCUGGGUGGAGGUGAGGGCAGUGGGUAUCCAAAGUCAAAGGUCAUAUCUAGGUACAUCGGCCAAUCCAAUGGUCGGUCUGUGCCCACUACCUGUAGCGAGGGCAACCUGCAGAAGAUGGUGGCGAUUAGGGAGGCGAGCCGGCUGAGAUACAAGAAGAGUAUGAUGAUGAUCAAGAAGUUAGCCUUUCUGAACACUUAGGAACUAGAAUGGCC